AUGCAUGCGGGGCUCCUGGGGCUCUCGGCCCUGCUGCAGGCGGCCGAGCAGAGCGCGCGGCUCUGCGCUGCCGUCUACUACCUCGUGACUGGACGGCUCCUGUGGGGCUGGCUGGCCCUGUCUGUCCUCCUGCCCGGCUUCUUGGCCCAGGGCCUGAGCUACCUGUGGCUUCGAGCAGACGGGCACCCCAGGCAUCACUUGCUGCUGCUGCUGCACCUCCUGCAGCUCGGCAUCUGGAAGCGGCACUGGGACACCGUGCAAGCUGCUCUGUCAGAGGAGGGGCAGACUGCCCGCCAGGGUGCGCUGUGGCUGCAGGAGGCUGACCUGGCCGCCCUCCGGCUCCUGGAGGCCCUGCUACAGACCGGGCCCCACCUGCUGCUGCAAGCAUACAUUUUCCUAGCCUUAGACUUCACAGGUCCCGUGCCAGGGGUGAGUGCCCUGCUUGCCUGGUCCUCGCUGUCCUGGGCCCUGGUGUCCUACACUCAUCUCCUGGGUGCCAUGAAGCUGCACCACUGGGCCAUGCCGUGGACUGCCCUCUUCUGCCAGCAGCUGUGGCGGAUGGGCAUGCUGGGAGCCCGCAUCCUCACGCUGGUUCUGUUCUGCAAAGCGUACGGUGCUUGGGUUUUGGUGGUUGGAGGUGCCCACUGGCUGGGGAUGACGUUCUGGCUGGUGGCCCAGCAGAGUGACAUCAUCGACAGCACCUGCCACUGGAAGCUGUUCAACCUGCUCGUGGGCGCCGUGUACGUCUUCUGCUACCUCAACUUCUGGGACAGCCCUUCCAGGAACAGGAUGGUCACGUUCUACAUGGUGAUGCUGCUGGAAAACACUGCCCUUUUGCUGCUAGCCACUAACUUUCUCCAGGAGGCAUCACAGACCAGCCUGUGGACUGUAGCGGGGGCCUUGUCUGGAUUUGUGACUGGCAGCGUCUCCUUGGUCAUUUAUUACAGCCUGCUGCAUCCAAAGUCCACAGACGUCUGGCAGGGCUUCGUCAGGAAGUGCUGUGGUGUUGCAGGGGAUGAGAAAGCAGAGAGACCAUCUUCACCCCGCACUGCGGCCCUCGCUGGAGAGAGGUCGGGCCCGAGCCGAGGGGAGAGUUACGAGCUUAGAAGUCUGGAGGAGCCCCCCAGCCUGGAGACGGGCCCUCCAGAGGCUGGGCUGGGGGGCCAGAUCUCUGGGGAGGACUCAUUCCUCAGUCACCACCACUGGCUGCUGGUGAAGCUUGCCCUAAAAACAGGAAACGUGUCUAAGAUCAACGCGGCCCUUGGAGAUGACCGUCCUGGCUGCUUUUGUGCCCCUGCAUGGGCAUCGAGUCCACGCUGCAGCCUGCACGGGAGGCCCCUGGUCUCCCAGCCAGAGCUCCCAUCGGCCAUCCUCAACCCCUCAGCCAUAGAGAAUGGCCCCGAGCCUGAAGGUGUCCGGAAGGCAGAGGCUGGCCCCUGGGAAACCUCCAGUUACAUCUCCUUUGCCAGUGAUCCUCGGGAUGCCAUGCCUGGCCAGGGGAGGGAGGACAGCCCAACGGGGGGACCUGGGGCUGUUCCUGGGACACAGAGGAGGGAUGCAGGUAGGCAGCCGGGACAGGAGAGCACCACAGUGUACUUCAGUGCCACCGCAGAGGGGAUUGCGUCCUCACCCCAGGAAGGCAGCCCAGCAACUCCACAGACCUCCCAUGCUGGGAGACAGGGGAAGAGCAUCCCCCUGCAGCCGGCCUCGCGUCAGCCCACAGCUGGGCCCUUUGCCAUCACCGUGGCCAACAUCAGCCCCAUCCUAGGUGUGGGCCCAUGUGGAAGCUUCCGCCCCAGUGCCGCAUCUGCUGGGAGAGCCCCCAGUAGCUCAGAGCGUGGGGAGCAGCAGGAGCCUGCAGGGGACCUAAGUCAUCCUGCUGCUGUUGGCACACUCCAGUCACUGCCGAAGAUGAACCUGAGGCCUGCCGAUCAGCCCUGCUGCACAUCCACCCCUAAGUCUGAGUCUGUGCAAAGGGACAGUGGCUGCAGGGCCAGGGUAAGGCACGAGACAAGCUUUUUCAUCUGACCACAGUCCAUGGGAAGAGCCGACAGGCCAGCCAGGCAAGCUAGUCAUUGGGCAUGGUGAGACGAGACAUGCCACUGUUGACACCUGCGACUUGGACACACCCCUUCUUCGCUGGCUGUCCCUCUGCAUACCUGGAGGUCGUGGGGCUAGGCGACUUCUACCAUUCUAACUCAGUGUGGCCAGGGACAAAAGGCCUCCACUUCCCCAUUCUAUGUUUUUGCUUUGGCUUCUAGGAAACUCUAAUGUAAAACCCAGGGUCCAUUUUUUAUACUGGAUUCUUACUAUAACCAGCUGUUCUUGACACCAAGAGGGCUAUUAGGCUAUUUUUUAAGUGUAUUCUGUCUGCAUUAGUUUAUGAAUCUCAUGGUAAGUGCAAGCCGCUUCUGGAAGCAGUUGAAGACUACGCACAUGACCAACAAAGGAACUGAAGGCACAGUGGUCGUUGUGAGGCUUUCCCACUCCCUGCAGAGCCUAUAUGACAUUUCUUGUUAAACAUGGGCCAUCCCAUGGUUCCUCUGUCAGUUCCCACUACUGCUUCACUCUCCAAUUUCUUUAUCUCCAAACUUGGCUCCCUCAUCUGUUUGAUGUGGAAUACGGUCCAUGGGGUUUUUGUUUGUUUUUGAAGUGAUAGAGACAAAAAGAGAUCUUCCAUCUGCUGGUUCACGCACCCCAAAUGGCUGCAACAGCCAUAGCAGGACCAGGCCAAAGCCAGUAGCCUGGAGUUCCAUCUGAGUCUCCCAUGUGGGUGGCACAGGCCCACAUACCCGGGGCAUCUGCUGCUGCUU